AUGAUUGAACGUAUGAUCGAUCUGAUUUCUAAAUACUGUUCACCCGGACCGCCUGCAAUGCAGCAGAUAGAGAGCAAAGAUCCCGACAUUCUUCAAUAUUACCAGCAAUGGGGAUUCACCAUCUAUCGAACAUACUAUGGCACAGGCUCCGACGAGGCUUGGAACACGCUUCUGUAUGCUCUGAAACACCAGACGAGAUUGGCAUUUGGAUUUUACGACGGUCAAGAGGAUGCCGAUCAACGCCACGUCGAUAUACUGAAGAACUUGUUCUAUCUCAAUAGCCGUGCCGAUAAAUCUCUCGAUGGGCUUGAUAUCCAAGGCAUCCGAAAGCUCUGCCAACACGAAAACACCGACAAGGAUCGAGUUAUGUCAGAUAGUACACAUGACUAUGUAUUACUUGCCGACGAAUCAGUAUUGAAUGACGUUUCUGAGCGCGAAUUUGUUGUGAAAGCGGUGUCCCUAGUCUGGAGACGAGGGCAUGCGGGCUGGGGAUGGAUAAGGAUCCCAACAGGCUAUUUGUUGGAUCUAUGGCAACUGCUAAUGCUGAACUGGGCGCGAACCGAGUUUGCCAUUGAUUUCAUUGGACCUGAAGAGGAUCUCGAUGAUUAUGUCUGGCCUGGGGAUAUGGUCCUCAACAACACAGGGUCGUAUUCUGAGAUUCGCCAAUUCUUGAAGUACUACAGUGGCCAAUACCCACGUCGAUCAUCAUUAUAA